UUACAAGAUAAAAUGGAUUAAAGAAGUGCAUUGGAUGGUGUGCAAAAAUGAAAGUGGACAAAUAUAGUGGGACGGAGGAAGUAUAUAUAAUUGAUGAUAGAUGAAUCGCGUGAUGAAUAUGAAGUCGAUUAUUGGAAGAGGGCAUGAAGGUCAGGUCAGGAGAUCAUCUGUCUGUUCGUUCCUAUAGUCAGUCACUCCGCCCGCGAUUAUCUCCCCCUAUACAAAUCCCCAGUAACUUCCACUUCCAUGAGUGAUCCGUACGGAUCUAAGCCCAGCCGUAGCACCCGCGGCGGCGGCGGUGGCGCCAACUUAGCUUCGUGCCUCCUCGCCACCUGUUUCCUGAUUUUGGUCAUCGCCGGAGCAGUGGCGGCUUGCUACUUUGUCUUCAAGCCCAAGCCACCAAGAAUCAAGGUCCAGGCCGUGCGGUUCUCCAACUUGUCAAUCACAAACGGCACCCUCAACCUCGCCUUAGUCCAGGAGGUCUCCGUCUCCAACCCCAACCGCGACGUGUUCAGUCAGUACGGCAGCACCAUCCAGCUCAGCUAUCACGGCCGCCCUGUCGGCGUGGUGUUCAUCCCCACCGGGAAGAUUGAAGCAGGGCAGACCCAGAGAAUGUCUGCCAAGCUGAACGUCCAAUCCUACCCAUUGCCGCCUUCUUCCACCACCUCCUUCUCAUCGCAGCCGGGUGAAACAGAGACUAUGGUGAUAGAGACCAGGAUGAAACUGGUGGGGAGUGUCAGGGUGCUGAAGGUGUUUACCCAUAGAGUGGAGAGCAAUGAGAAGUGUACGGUGUGGACUCAAGCCCCCAAUUUGUCUGUAUUCAUCCAGUGCUCCUGAAUGAAGAACAUUGCUAGGGAACCCCACGGUUUUGACACCAUAGUUUCUCACACAAUAGAACAACAGAAUUGUCUGAUCUGUGAAACACUAUGGUGUCAAAAAAGCGGGGUUCCCCUAGUUUUUUUUCCAUGAAUGAAUGAUUAUCUUCUGCUUCUGCUGCCGCAUCGUUUAUUCAUUUG